AUGUUACGUCUCCGCCCCACACUGCAUCGAAUUGUGCAACAAAAUUAUGGUAAAAACUUGGAACAUUUGAAUGGAAAAAAUUUACGUGCCACCAGCACUAGCUCUGGACGUGACAGUCAAUCCUCAGCAAAGAUCAGCGGUGAUAAUUCGGCUGUAGAUACAGAUGCCGUCGACCAAAACCGAAGCACUGGCGCAGGUAUUAAGGUUGCACCAGCUGCAGGCAAAUUACGCUCACGCUUGCCACUGGUGAAGAAUUUUUUUGUUGGUGUGGUGGACAAGGAAAUGCUUGGCUAUCCGGAGGUUAUUCAACGUGAAGAAAUGACUCGUAUUGAGAAUGAAAAGUUGCCGCUUAAGAACUUCUUCACAGAUGAAGUAAACAAUGUUAUAAUUGACCGCACACGCCAAAUACCCGCUGAAGCGGUAGAGAGUGUGCGGCAGUUGGGAUUGUAUGGUAUUAAUGUGCCAGCGGAUUUUGAAGGCAAAGGCUUGGGUUGGACAGCCAGCUUAAUGACUACGGAACCCGAGUCCAAUUGUGCCAAUGUUGCACUUGGUUUGCUAUCACAUCGAGUUAUAAUCGAUGUAUUAAAAGAGCUUGGCAGCAAUGAACAGCAGCAGCGUUUCUUACCAAAAUUGGUGAACGGUUCACACGUUGGCGUUGAAGCAAUAUUUGAAUACGAUGUAUCGGAAACCGACCUGUUUAACACACGCGCCGAACAUCAUCCCGAAUCUAACGAGUGGUGUUUGUCAGGCCAAAAAGCAUAUGCAGUAACCGGACCUUUCGCUACCACUGAUGCAACACCACUCUUUCUAGUCAUCGCGCAAACUCGUCGCCUGAGCGUCAAAGGUGAUGCAGGGCGCGGUACAACUAUUUUCUUGGUAGACGGUAGCACUCCAGGUGUUAAAUUGGGCGAACAACAUUUGACGAUCGGUUUCAGAGGUUUGCAAACACGCCGGGUAGAGUUUGAUCAAGUAAUCCUGACGCCUAGUAGUGUGCUAGGCGCGGCGAAUGAGGGAAACCUAGUUGCGGAAGUAAUACUCCGAAGCAGCCGAUUGCGGAAUGCGCACUUGGGACUGUGUAUGGCCAAGCAGUUAGUCAAUGAUUUAACUACGUACUGCAUCGAAAACACGCAAUGCAAUGUGUCACUCAAGGAUAUGGAAAUGUUGCAAAUGCAUUUGUCGAAAGCUUCAUGUGUCACAUAUGCCAUUGAAAGCAUGAUAUAUAUGACUGCUGGCAUAUUGGACGAAUUUGCGUCACCCGAUGUAGCGCUGGAAACGGCAAUUACGAAAUAUUUCAGCCUGACGCAACUGUUUAAAAUUGCCUCCAAAAGCAUGGAUAUUAUUGGACCUAAAUCACUACUUUCCGGCCAGGCAACCGAAGUGUUAUUCCGCGAUGCUGCGCAGCUCUACACGCAAGGCGAAUCAAUGGAUACUUUGCGCUUAUUUAUCGCGCUCAUCGGCUUACAACACGCGGGUACACUUCUCUCCGACACAGUGCGCAUGCAACGCAACCCAUUGUUACAUCCCGGCCACAUAUUUAGGAAAUUCUUACAAAACUCCAAUAUAGAUAAUCCAAAGACUAAAAUGCGGUUAAACGAAAGUGUGCAUCCAACGUUAGAGCCCGCUGCACAAUGUAUUGAGCACUCAGUGGCUCGUCUUCAGAUGUGUGUUGAACUGCUGCUCACGCGCUAUGGCUCCGAGGUAGUGGAGAAGCACCACGAUAUGCAACGUGUGGCGGAUAUUGCGUCUACAAUUUAUGCAAUGUUUGCAAGUAUAGCGCGCGCUUCACGCUCCUACUGCAUUGGUUUGCAAUUGGCGGACUAUGAAUUGGUACUUGCUUCGGCAGUGUGCUCGCACGGGCAAGAUAAGGUGCGCACUCUUUGCACCGAAAUAUUCAAUGGACAAUACGUAAAUAACGAUAGCAAUUUGCAACGUUUAGCUAAGCAAGUGAUUCGGAGUAAAGGAUACUUCCCAGUACAUCCGCUUACUUAUAAUUACUAGAAAGUUCUAAGUACCCGGUCAUUAUAGAAUUAUAUGUAUAUGGCUUGUUCUAUAGAAUUUUAACAGAUUACUUAGUUGUAUAAUAAUUUUUGGCUGAUGAUUUUGAGCAUAAAAGUAAAUAAAAUGUUCAAAAACGAA